ACGCGGUCUAAAAAUGGCUGGGCGGGCUGCGGGCAUCUAGCGAGCGCAGACCGCGGGGCAGUAAGGGAGCACCUCCCCGGCCGAAUUGAUCCUUCCUCCCCCUUUACUUUUACAAUUCAUCCUCUGUUGGAAUUAGAGGACAAUUAAAGCACUAUGUCUGCCUCUACAAGCCUUUGAACGCGCCUGUUGGUGCCGUGGUGUGUGUUUGGGAGCUGCGAAAGUGUCGUUUGUGCUUGUCCCCGUCACGGCCUGACUUGUUUGUAGCAGCAAGCAAGAGUCCACUUCCCUGCACCCAUAUAUUCUUAAUCAAGGACGGCACUCCAGCAAGACAUGGCUGCGGAAUUUUUACGAACCCAUGGCAUCGAUCUGGACGCCGAGCUGGCGCGAAUGCAGCAGGGAGGGAACGCAGACCCAACCCGGGAUCGAGAUAUGGAGACGGUGAUCAGUAACGUCAGCCUCCCCAAAACAAGGCUCGGCACACGCUGGACUGUUUUCAUCUCUCAUGGCCGCAUCGCCCGCAUCACCCUCCACACCGACAAGCUCAUGCGGACCCUUCCCACCACCGCAUCCAUCAUACACGGCCGUGGUGCCCUGUUGGCUCCGUCGCUCUGCCACCCCCACAUCCACAUCGACAAGGCAUUCCUCCUCUCAUACCCCAAGUAUUCUGAUUUGCAAAUCCAAUCCGGCGAUUUCAACGAAGCUAUGGUCUUGACUGGCAAAGCCAAAGCCCAAUUCACCGCGGAUGACCUGCUGGAACGCGGGCAGCGUGUGGUUGACGAGAGUGUGGAAGCCGGGGUGUCGCAUAUGCGGGCGUUUGUUGAGGUCGAUGCAGUUGUGGGCAAUGCUUGCCUCGAUGCUGGUGUUGAGUUGAAGCGGAAGGCCGAAACGGAAGGGCGGUGUCAUGUGCAACUAUGUGCGUUCGCGCAGCUCGCCCUCUUUUCCGCCUCGGAUGGUGAUGAAGAUGGAGCGAUCAUUAGGCGGUUGAUGGAGCAGGCGGCGGGAAGAGAGGAGGUCGACGUGUUGGGCAGCACGCCUUACGUGGAGAGCGACCGGAAAAAGACGCAGCGGAACGUGAGAUGGCUGGUCGAGCUGAGCAUCAAGUCUAAGAAGCAUGUGGAUUUCCACCUAGACUACCACCUUGAUGCCAAUGUUGAGCCAGUGGUGUGGUAUGUGAUCAAGACACUCAAGGAGAUGGGAUGGAAGGAAAAGAACCAGGGCAAGACGGUGGUACUGGGACAUUGCACCAGAUUGACUCGCUUCGACGGACAAGACUGGACGAGGCUGCGAGAGGAAAUCGGAGACCUUCCCAUCUCGUUUGUCGGCCUACCAACCAGUGAUCUCUUCAUGAUGCGCACGCCUGAGAAAGCACGAGGCACGCUGAAUGUCCCCGAGCUGAUUCAACAGCAUGGCUUGAAUGCCUGUCUCGGGAUCAACAAUAUCGGCAAUGCAUUCACGCCGUACGGGAGCUGCGAUCCGCUCGCUCUCGCGUGCCACGGAGUGGGCAUCUACCACGCGGGAACUCAGCAGGACGCAGAGGUUUUGUAUGAGUGCGUGAGUAACAGAGCCAAGGCAGCCAUUGGCGUUGGGAGCGAUCGCGAAAGUCUGGAGUUCAGGGAGGGCAGCUGGGCAGAUCUCCUGCUGUUUGCAUCGGAGCAGCCGGAGUGGCGGACGAGGAAGAGCGUUGCUGACUCGAUCUACCUGUACGAUCGAUGCCAUGGUCGCGUGAGCAUUGUCCGCGGCCGCCGCGUCCAAGGCUGAGAAUAGAAAGGCCGCGUCGACGCUUCAGUGCAGUCUACUUAGGCAGCAGAUGACGGACGGGUGAGGGGGCCAGGACCGCUCCAAGUGGUCGAAGUCGCGUGGGUGUGAGGCGCAGCAUGCGUCGUCCAACAUCUAUCCGGGGAAGGAGCGGCAGACACAACCGCCCACCGCCGCUUUGGAUGAACACUUGUCGCGCGACAUCCAUGCAAUAGAGCGAGCUUUCUUCCAAGCACGGCGACAUUAUUGUACGUGGGUAGAAGCAUUGCAUGCACAUGACUAGCACGGUGCGUCAGUUCAUCUCCGAGGCGCGGGCACGCUAGGCAGCUCGGAUCGUAUCAAUCCAGUCCCAAGUUUCCCAACUGACUAACCCCAAACUUAAGCCACACCCACCGCCGACGUACCG